GCCGUCACGGAUCGAUCAGGCUUGAAAGAUCCCACGUGAAGUUGGGGACGAGUGCUCCUGCGGUGAUUCUCCACGAUGUCGGAAGGACGGGGUAGAGGGGAGGGGUGCGGGGGGACGGGGGGGAAGGCAGAGGAGGUAGCGCGGAGAGGGGAGGCCCACCGCGCCUCUUGCCCCCCCGCCCCUUCUGCCGCGCCCGCGGGUGCCCCGCCCAUGCAGCAUGCCGCCGUCCGCCACGCUGCGGCUCCCUGGCGGGCCAGGGGGGCGCGUGGCGCCGCCCUGCUGUGGGCGGCUGCGGCCCCAGCCGCCGCCGCGGGCAUGCGCUGCCUGUGGUCGGCGGGGAGGGGCCGAGGGCCACCGAGCUCCGGGUGCGCUCUCCACCAGCGGGGCCACCGCUGGGUCACCGCGAGAGCGGGCCCUCGCCGACCCCUCGGCCCCGAGGCCGCUGCCAGCGGGAGCGCCGCACGGGCCGCCGGGCCGCCGGCGGGGGCCGCCGCGAGGGGCGCCACGAGGCCUGCGGGAGUCGGCGCCCUGCCCCCUCGCGGGUUCGGAUUGCCCGCGCCUGCGCAGGCAGCAAAGCCGCCGAGGGCCCCGCAGGCAGGGCUCGUUUCGAGUCCUCCGACUGGACUCGAUUCGAUUUCGAUCGAUUCGAUCUGGGAUUCGAUUCGAUUUGGGAUUCCGAUUUGGGCUCCGAUUUCUUACUGGAGGCAUACUAUCCUGCCGAUUUCCGCCGUUUCGACGUUUCCCGACUCGGCUGCCGAUUUCCGCCGAUCCGAUUCGUUUCGAUCGCCGAUCCGACUUAUCGAUUCUGGGCUCUCCUGCCCGCAGGGCUGCAAGGCAGUACCCGUGGCCAGCGCCGACGGCUCCAUAUGGCAGGUGUUGCUGGGGAAGGGCGCGGAGGAGAACGAUCGGCUGUCGCUCGAGGAGGGCAGGCCGCACGAGACCUGGAUGCACGUCGCGGGCGUGCCCGGCUCGCACGCCGUGGUGCGGCUCGUGAGUGGCGCCAGUGAGCGGGCGCCGCCGCCGCGCGACGUUGCGGAGGCUGCCGCCAGUCUGUGCGCAUUCUAUUCGAAGGCGAAGACUCAGCCUCGGGCGACCGUCCACGUGACGACGUGCGCCAAGGUGGGCAAGCUGCCGGCGGCAGCGCCGGGGCAGGUCGUGCUCAAGGGCGGGUUCGAGACCAUGUCGGUGCGGCCGCUAUCCCCAGAUCAGCUCGUCCAGGGCGGCGCUGUCGCGGCGUCGCCCUCCGGGAGGGGGAGCGCUGAGGCCAAGCGCAGUUCUAAGCGAAAGGUAUAGAGAUGGUGAGGCACUUGAGCCUCCCAUCCUGCUGUGGGACCUCCUGGCGGCGUCAUCGAGUGUAGUCCGAUGUCGCGGCAGAGCUUGAGCAAAAUCCAUGUAUGAGCGUAGACCCCAAAGUACACAUGGUUGUAUACCAUGUUUGUUCAUGCCGAAAGUACAACCGCCAUCGCUGGCCACGGACAGGGCAAUAUGUUUACAAAGUUGUCGGCUUAUGCGCUUGGCUUGCGUGAGAAACAAAAAGAAGUGUCAAGCCACAUAUUGCGAAUGUACUAUGUACAAAAAUGUCGAAUCUAAUGGACUGUUAUGUUGUUUUGAAUGUGCUGCGUUGUUCACAGAUUGCACAACCGCUUGCACAGCACGUCAUGGAAUCGCGGUUGUUGCGCUUGUUGCGUC